AUGGGUGAAGUAGAGGGCAAAGAGACUGGGAAGAAGACGAUGAAGAGUUUUAGAAGCAUAAGAUCGAUAUUCAUGCACGCUGACGGUGUGGAUUGGGUACUGAUGGGAUUAGGGUUAAUCGGAGCCGUCGGUGAUGGCUUCACAACUCCCCUUGUUCUUCUCAUCACGAGCAAGCUCAUGAACAACCUUGGUGGCUCCUCUUUCAAGACUGAAACCUUCAUGCAAAGCAUAUCCAAGAACGCUGUGGCUUUGCUCUAUGUGGCUUGUGGAUCUUGGGUUGUCUGUUUCCUUGAAGGAUAUUGUUGGACACGAACAGGGGAGAGGCAAACAGCAAGAAUGAGAGAAAAAUAUCUUAGAGCAGUGUUAAGACAAGAUGUGGGGUACUUUGAUCUUCAUGUCACAAGCACUUCUGAUGUUAUCACAAGUGUCUCUAGUGACAGCUUCGUCAUCCAAGACGUGCUUAGUGAAAAGUUACCGAAUUUCUUGAUGAGCGCAUCAAUGUUCGUCGGAAGCUACAUAGUUGGCUUUAUUUUGUUAUGGAGACUCGCCAUAGUUGGCUUACCCUUUAUUGUCCUCUUAGUGAUCCCGGGGCUUAUGUACGGCCGAGCCCUUAUAAGCAUAUCUAGCAAGAUACGUGAAGAGUACAAUGAGGCUGGUUUUGUAGCUGAGCAGGCCAUCUCUUCUGUGCGAACCGUCUAUGCGUUUUCCGGGGAAAGGAAAACGAUAUCAAAGUUUUCAGCCGCGCUUCAAGGCUCGGUAAAGCUAGGGAUUAGACAAGGGCUUGCCAAAGGAAUCACCAUUGGAAGCAAUGGAAUCACUUUCGCCAUGUGGGGGUUCAUGUCUUGGUAUGGAAGCCGGAUGGUCAUGUACCAUGGUGCUCAAGGUGGUACCGUAUUUGCAGUAGCCGCCGCUGUUGCCAUCGGUGGCGUAUCACUUGGUGGUGGUUUGUCUAAUCUCAAGUACUUCUUCGAGGCGGCUUCAGUUGGCGAGCGAAUCAUGGAAGUAAUAAACAGAGUUCCCAAGAUUGAUUCAAACAAUCCGGAAGGGCUAAAACUAGAGAAAGUCAGAGGAGAAGUUGAGUUUAAGCAUGUGAAGUUUGUGUAUCCAUCAAGACCAGAAACAUCCAUCUUUGAAGAUUUUUGUCUGAGAGUUCCCUCCGGGAAAACCGUGGCUUUGGUGGGAGGAAGCGGGUCAGGAAAAUCAACUGUGAUAUCGCUUUUGCAGAGGUUUUAUAACCCGGUAGCAGGAGAGAUUCUCAUAGAUGGUGUAUCCAUUGAUAAGCUGCAAGUGAAGUGGUUAAGGUCUCAAAUGGGUUUAGUUAGCCAAGAGCCUGCACUUUUCGCCACAUCCAUAAAGGAGAACAUAUUGUUUGGUAAAGAAGAUGCAACGAUGGAUGAUGUUGUGGAAGCUGCCAAGGCCUCUAAUGCUCAUAAUUUCAUUUCUCAGUUACCUAAUGGCUAUGAAACUCAGGUUGGGGAGAGAGGAGUGCAAAUGUCAGGAGGACAGAAGCAGAGGAUAGCAAUCGCACGUGCAAUAAUCAAAUCACCAACAAUUCUCCUUCUAGACGAGGCAACAAGUGCAUUAGACUCUGAAUCCGAAAGAGUAGUCCAAGAAGCCUUAGAAAAUGCAUCAAUCGGCCGUACAACUAUCCUUAUUGCUCACCGUCUCUCUACCAUUCGUAACGCUGAUGUUAUCACCGUGGUCCGAAACGGCCAUGUUGUUGAGACUGGCUCACACGAUGAGCUAAUGGACAACAUAGAUGGUCAAUACGCUUCACUAGUCCGCUUACAACAGAUUGAAAAAGACGACUCAAGUGUGAACAUGAGCGUCAAUGUGCAAACAAGUCCAACCUUGGAUCCUACUAAAGAUUUCAGAAGUUGUUCAAGAGUCUCGACACUUAGCCGGUCAAGCUCUACUAACUCCGUUACAGGUUCAAGUAUUGUCAAGAAUCUUUCAAAAGAUGAUAAGCCACCUUUACCAUCUUUUAAAAGACUCUUGGCAAUGAAUCUACCUGAGUGGAAACAGGCGUUAUACGGUUGCAUAAGUGCAACCUUGUUUGGGGCCAUACAGCCGGCGUAUGCAUAUUCUUUAGGGUCAAUGGUAUCGGUUUAUUUCUUGACGAGCCAUGACGAGAUUAAGGAGAAAACGAGGAUCUACGCAUUAUCUUUUGUCGGCUUAGCCGUGCUUUCUUUCUUGAUCAACAUCAGCCAACACUACAACUUUGCAUACAUGGGCGAAUACUUGACUAAGCGCGUCCGAGAACGGAUGCUCUCUAAGGUUCUAACCUUUGAAGUUGGUUGGUUCGAUCGUGAUGAGAACUCAAGUGGUGCCAUAUGUUCUAGACUCGCAAAAGAUGCUAAUGUGGUGAGAUCGCUAGUAGGUGAUCGUAUGGCACUAUUGGUACAAACAAUAUCGGCGGUAACCAUAGCAUGCACAAUGGGUCUGGUAAUAGCGUGGAGGUUAGCUCUUGUAAUGAUCGCUGUGCAACCACUGAUUAUUGUAUGCUUCUACACUCGCCGUGUUCUACUCAAGAACAUGUCGAAAAAGGCAAUCAAGGCUCAGGACGAGAGUAGCAAACUAGCUGCUGAGGCUGUUUCCAACGUACGAACCAUCACAGCCUUUUCGUCACAAGAACGUAUCAUGAAAAUGCUAGAAAAGGCUCAAGAAAACCCGCGGCGAGAAAGCAUACGUCAGUCAUGGUUCGCAGGGAUCGGACUCGCCAUGUCGCAGAGCCUAACUACAUGCACGUGGGCUUUGGACUUCUGGUACGGUGGUAGACUGAUCGAAGAUGGGUACAUAACAGCUAAAGCUUUGUUCGAAACGUUUAUGAUCUUGGUUAGUACCGGUCGGGUCAUAGCCGAUGCUGGAAGCAUGACAACGGAUCUAGCUAAAGGUUCGGACGCGGUCGGGUCGGUUUUCGCUGUGUUGGACCGGUACACUUCUAUUGAUCCGGAGGAUCCAGAAGGAUAUGAACCGGAAAGACUAACCGGUCGGGUCGAGUUUCUUAAUGUGGAUUUCUCAUACCCAACUAGACCGGAUGUGAUGAUAUUUAGUGACUUUUCUAUCGAUAUCGACGCAGCGAAGUCUACUGCUAUAGUUGGUCCAAGCGGGUCAGGUAAAUCCACGGUGAUCGGUUUAAUCGAACGGUUUUACGACCCGGUUAAAGGCGUUGUGAAAAUCGACGGUCGAGAUUUAAGAUCGUACAAUCUGAGAUCGCUCCGACAACACAUAGCUUUGGUUAGCCAAGAGCCAACGUUGUUCGCGGGAACGAUCCGAGAGAACAUCGUAUACGGAAGAGCGUCGGAUAAUAUCGACGAAUCAGAGAUCAUCGAAGCGGCGAGAGCAGCGAACGCUCACGAUUUCAUCACGUCUUUAACGGACGGCUACGAUACGUACUGCGGAGACAGAGGUGUACAGUUAUCCGGUGGUCAGAAACAGAGGAUCGCCAUCGCUAGAGCGGUUUUGAAGAACCCGUCGUUGUUGCUUCUCGAUGAAGCGACGAGCGCUUUGGAUAGCCAAUCGGAGCGUGUGGUGCAAGACGCGCUGGAGCGCGUGAUGGUGGGGAGGACGAGCGUUGUGAUCGCGCAUAGGCUGAGCACGAUUCAGAACUGCGACGCAAUCGCUGUUUUGGAUAAAGGAAAGCUCGUGGAGCGUGGGACCCACUCAUCCUUGUUGGCAAAAGGAUCCACAGGUGUUUACUUCUCAUUGGUCAGUCUCCAGAGAACAACUUGUUGAAUAACGCUGAUCUGGAAACAAAUAAAACUCUUUAAGCUAAGGGUUAUUGAACAUGUUAUAUGACGCUAUUUCCUUAUUUGUAACCAUUUACAUAUAGAUAUUUAAAACGAUUAUGUUUAAAAGAAGGCUACAGAGGUUCCAAUACUAGAGCAAAUCUAUGUUUUCACUUAGUUUUGAUUCCAU